CAAGACAUCUCUACUUUGUCUCUCUCACCAUAAAAAUUAAAGAAAAUAAAUAAAAACACUAAAAAAAAAUUUCACUACCUAACACUUGAUACCUCCAUCUCCUCUCUCUUAUUACCUUCCACCAGAUCUCACUCCCCACAUUUCAAAGUUUUCUCCUUUUUUUGUUGGUUUCCUUCUCUUCUUCAUACUAAACCCAAGACUUAAUAAAUUCCUUUAAAUUAUCUAUUCACUGGCUGGGCCAGAGUGUUUAUUUGAAUAUGUUUUUUUACAGUUUUAGUGUAGUUGUUGUAGUUACAUGACAGCUCCUUACAAGCUUAGAUCUCCACAGUCCUUUCGUUAUCUUCCUUCCACAUUGACACUUGCCUUAAGAAGAGGGCCAAAGAAAGGAUCUGGAAUUCUUUCUUCUUCAAGAUUGUUAAAUGGGUGCUAAUUCUUCAAAGAUCUGAAAACAUCAAGAUCAGGAAAAAAUGGGAGGUGACUUGAAAAGCCAGCUAUCUAGAGAGAGUCAUGUCUUUGGACUUAAGGUUUGGGAAGUAAUUGGUAUAGCUGUUGCAUUGCUGACCAUAGUCAUCCUCUCUGUUCUUUCGUUUUGUCUUACUUCGAAAAAGAAGUCAAGAAGAUCGAAAACCGGUCUUCCCGUUAUCCAAACUCCUCCGGUGGUCUCCAAGGAGAUCAGAGAAGUGAGAGUUGAGCAUGUCUCAGCAAGUAACUUUGCUCCUGGUGAAGGCAUUCUUCUUACAAUUCAAGACAAAAACAAUAAAGACUCAGAAAAAGUCAUGGUUCAUUUGGAUAUGAGGAAGAAGAGAAGUAGUAGUGGCCGGUCAGGCUCGUUUCAUCAUUUAGAGAUCAUAGAUAAACAUUCUGAGUCGGCCGAAGAAGUUUCCGCUUCUUCAUCAUUGUAUAACAUUGCAACUCCAUCACCAUUGUCUGGUUUGCCUGAGUCUCACCUUGGUUGGGGCCACUGGUUUACACUCAGAGAUCUUGAAGUAGCAACUAAUAGAUUCUCAAAGGAGAAUGUGAUUGGUGAAGGCGGUUACGGCGUUGUCUACAGAGGAGAGUUGCUCAAUGGAACUCCUGUUGCAGUUAAAAAGAUUCUUAACCAGUUGGGACAAGCUGAGAAAGAGUUUCGAGUCGAGGUUGAUGCUAUCGGUCAUGUGCGUCACAAGAACUUGGUCCGGCUUCUUGGUUACUGCAUUGAAGGCACACACAGGAUAUUGGUUUACGAGUAUGUGAAUAAUGGAAACUUAGAACAAUGGCUUCACGGAGCAAUGAGACAACAUGGAUAUCUAACUUGGGAAGCUAGAAUGAAGGUUCUCGUCGGCACAUCGAAAGCUCUUGCAUAUCUCCAUGAAGCAAUAGAGCCAAAAGUAGUGCACAGAGACAUCAAGUCAAGCAACAUACUAAUCAACGACGAAUUCAAUGCAAAGGUUUCAGAUUUUGGCCUUGCAAAGUUGCUUGGCGCUGGAAAAAGCCAUGUGACAACUCGAGUGAUGGGAACAUUUGGGUACGUUGCUCCCGAAUAUGCAAACACAGGGCUGUUAAAUGAAAAGAGUGAUGUCUACAGCUUCGGUGUUGUUCUUUUAGAAGCAAUCACAGGACGAGACCCUGUGGAUUAUGGCCGUCCUGCUCAUGAGGUGAACCUAGUGGACUGGUUGAAGAUGAUGGUUGGAACAAGACGAUCAGAGGAAGUAGUGGAUCCAAACAUAGAAGUAAAGCCACCAACAAGGUCAUUAAAACGAGCCCUUUUGACGGCUCUAAGAUGCGUUGAUCCAGAUUCGGACAAACGGCCGAAAAUGAGCCAAGUUGUACGUAUGCUUGAGUCUGAAGAAUACCCAAUUCCAAGAGAGGACCGAAGGCGUCCUAGAACGAGAGAAGGGAGUAUGGAGAUAAACUCAGACACUGACAUGAGUACUCCAGUUUCAAGAUCACAGAGCAAGAGACAAUAAUCUGAGUAAUUUAUCAAUCUGCGUAAGCUUUCAACGCAUUUCAUGAUUAUGAGCUAUUCUUUGAACUUGUUCUUUUGCAUUUUCUGUUUUUUUUUUCUUUGAAUUGAGAUGAGUAGAGGCCAUAUAGGAUUGUUUGUACAUGGAACUUGGUUUGUAUUUAGAGCUCCUAAAUCAAAAUAAUAUAUUGGUGUGUACAGUAUUAUUGUA